CACAACCCCGAACCGCCCAGUCCCAUCGAGACCGUAAGGCGGAUCCUGCAUGAGACUAUACCCAGAAAGGAACUGCGGCGAGCAGGAAUUUCCUAACAUGAUAUGGAUGUGCCGAAUGCCUAUCAUAGGUACCGCGAUGACGGGCGAGAAGCCUGGCUGGGGGGGAAUGACGAGACGAGCCACAACUUUCCGCGUGGCGCCCUCGCUUUGUGCCUCUUGGGAAACCGGGCAUUCACGUCGAAUCUUCAGGAGUGUCCGGGAAGGAGUCCUAGGUAACUCAUUAAGCCUCCAACACUCAAGCAUCGGCUCUCCCACUUGUCGUUUACCUACAUAACAAGCUGGGACCGAAGACCCCGGGGAAAUCAUAAAGAAGUGAAGUGUCCAGUCCAACCUCCUCAUCGGCUCACCUCCUUGAGGUUCCGCAGCCUUGUCCCAUAUUAUCCACGCUAAUUCAAUAACCGCCAUGUAGCUGGAACAGCCACCUGCCCAAAGUUGGACAAGAUGGAAUUUCAACCCCCCACCGAGCAUUUGGGCCUCUUUCCCCAUUCGUCCUACUUCGAAAAUUCCCUCGUGGGGUCAGCAGAGCCUUAUGACGACUCAAACCCAGACCCCUUUCCCGUCCCUUUUCCCAUUCCUUCUGGUCUCUGGUCAGAUUUGUAUUGGGAAGGGAUCGAUUUCAAUGAUUCACCCAACGCCGCUUACCCUUCCUCUUCUCGUAUUCUUGGGCCGGGGCCGACUCAUGGGGCAGCUCUCUUGAAUCUAAUCCCACUCCCUGCUCCGGCAUCAGCACCGAGACUUCCCAACCCCUCCAGCCAAGCUUUUCCGGAGCCUCAUGGCAUCGUAUCUGAUCAGGCUCUCGACUUUCAUGCAUCUCUCAAUGCAGGACUGGCACCAUCACCGUGCGAAAUCAUCCAUCCACCCCAAAUGAUUGGCGCUGAUACCUACUCUAGCCUGCCUCGAGGGACUUCCGGAAGCGGAGAAGACGACGGCUUCUAUUCAGCGCCUCCAGGCUAUCGAUUGCCUACUUCAGAGAGUCAUCACAAAGUUCAAAACUGGGAUCUCGUGGCGAAGCAACCCAUAGCAAACUUGAACAGUGCAAAUCUUGGACAGCACCAACAUUUAUACUUAUACGGCGCCUUUCAUCUGAAGGCUAACCACUUGUCAUCAAGCAUAAACAAUGCACCGACCUUGGUAGAUGCUGUAUCGUCGUCCCAGCCAUGGCAACCUGUUGGAGUCUCAGGACAUAGUGGUUGGCCGGAUCAAGAAAAUGGAAGCCAUCUCGUCCAGGAGUGUGUUAAUGAGUUGACAGAUGCAGGGAAUCAGUGGCACGGUUCUCAAGAGGAUCUCUACAACUGGUUAACACAGCCUUGCGACGGGUAUGACGGGCAUGAUGUGGAUCGCGAGUCAAUUGGGUUCGACCACUCUGUGGGGGUCCAGUCUCCUCUUGAUGGAUAUGGAAGCCUGAUACCGUACUCAACAUCAUGUACGCCGCAGUUGAGAGACGACCCACGAACCCCGUCUUUGUCGACAAGUGCCACCACUCCUGCGUCGACUGGCAAUUCUGACCCGCCCACCCCAGAGCCUAGCUUGCCAAAGACCAUACCCAAGAGCCAGCCAGCGACUCUCCAGUUCGUUCAGUACACUGCUGGCAGCGACAUAGGUGAUAGGACCUCCAAAAAGCGGCUGACUCAUGACGAUGAUGACAAAGACGGUUCAGCCAAGAUUGUUAGGCAAGAUGUCAUGAGAGAUCAAGAAGGUACAGUCAACGGUUAUCAGUUCGUCUUGCACCCUCAGGAGAAACCCAUCAAAAGGGUUAAGAAAACCGAAGAGCAGAAUAGAACCAGUGCGUUGGCUAGAAAGAACGGGGUUUGUCAUUGGUGUAAGGUGAAGAAGAGAAAGUGUGACCUUCACAAGAAAGGCCCCUUUGAAAGCUGUGGUGUAUGUGCGACUCAGAAGACAUACAAGGGAGUUCUACGAAUGCCCUGCUUCAAAUCGACAUUAGCAGAUAUGCUGUUCUUUCGUGCAGGCCCCGCGGUCAAUGAACCACUUUUCAUUAAGCGAGAAACGGUUUUCAGGCUUACAGAUUUCUCGAAGCCUGAUGUUGGCGUCAUUAGGCUGGAGCUCACACAGAACAUUGGCAAACAUCAUUUGGUGGUGUACGCCGCUCAAUUCGACCCAUUGCCGGGAGACAAACUGUCUUACACGCCAACGGACAGAAGGACGGGACAAAAGCACAAUAUACCGAUGCCCCAUUUCUGUCUGACCCAAUACGAAAAGGUUUGUGAACACAUAAUGGAGUAUUUCUACUCGUCGAAACAAGACUACCUGCAGAUGCUCAAGGGCAAUGGUGGUCUCACUUGGGAUAUUGUGUCCAUGGCCAUCGAAUACGCCAAAACUAAAAAGUGUUCACUUGUUGAUACGGCCCUUGAUCUCUGGGUUAUUUGUAGGAUGAUUGAAGACCCGUGGGAAUUACUGGAGAACAAUAAACUCGGUGUUUCCCGCGUGAAUCUGCCUGGAACCAAAUUCCAUGGCAAAAUCCCAAUUCCUCCGAUGAUGGACACUCAACUGGACCAGGUCAUAAUUCAGAAUGUUCUGAAUCAUCUCCGAGGCAAGCUCAUUGGUUUGUUUGAGAGGAAUAUCUCUCCAGCAAAGCCUGAGACUUGGUUCGAAACCUUUCUUGCCUCGUUCAUCAUGCUCACCCACAUCGAACGGUUGGCGGCACAUUCUGUCCGACAUGCCGAGACCCACACAAUGCCGGUCGGUAACAGAUGAUCAGUACCAGUACACAUGACUGUAUGCUGACAUUGAGGCAGACGAAAUACUCCAACACCAAGUUCCUUGAGCAGGCUUUCUAUACUGCAAAGAUCAUCCUCUCGCGUUCCCACUACGCGUGUAAUGGGUCUGUCCCGUUGGGCCUUGACUGGAAGGACUCCCAGGUCUCUUCGAUGGCCAAGCUCGGGCCCAAAGAAGUUGAAUUCAUGCAGAGAAUACAAAGAGAAUUCAAGAAGAGAGAACAUGAUCUUCGCAAUCUCCCCUCCAAACAUGAAUACGAGACUGACGGGCAUUGGUAUCAUCAGUUAUUCAUCAAAGACUGGGACACGUCCCCUGUCGAUGUAAAGGACCCAUACAAGUGACUGGUUGACCGAAACUCUCGGGUGGGGGAUGGACAGCGCUUUCCUGUCAUGGUGGCAUACAACAGGGACUCUGUUCUCAGCACCAGUACCAGAAACUGGACAGACAACACCCGGUAAUCCCACGCAUGGCGGCUUAAAAAGUAAUUCAAUUCUUGAAGUAUAGUGUAGAUCGUGAUGAAAGCAUUACAAAUUUGAUACCCA